UUUGGAGAAGCCACGGAGAGAAUUGCGUCUUCAGGAAAGUCAUGAAUCGCCCUGUUACUCGGGUACGUUUGUAGGCAUCGGACCUGUUUAGUGUAGUUCCGUGUAAACUGUAAUUGUGUUUGCUUCAGGCAGGGUAUUUAAUGCGUUGAAUAAGACUUCAGUUAACUUGAGAGUCUAGCUAUUAUUUUCUUUUGUGUGUUUAUUAGAAAAAUGUCAAUAUCUCCCUUUUUGGUUUCGAGUUACCUUUCAAAUUUUCAGGCUAUUAAAUGCAGGCGUUUAUUACGCAAGUUUACAUACUGUAGGAGUUGUUAGAACAGGUAAUUCACAUUAUAAUAUGUUGAAACCUAGGAGAUAGUUUGGGGUAUUCCUCAACUUCUUUAUACAUUCAUUUUUUCUGUUGAAGUGAAACAAUGUGAUAAAUAUGGUAUCAUGCUAUAAGUUUGAUAAGUAUGACGAUAAAUCUAUCACCAUUCAGUUUGUCAUUUUAAAACAGCUGUCGAAAAAUAUUGAUUAAAAAAUGCAACACUGACUCAACAGGGGCACAUUACUGGAUAAAAUACACCUUAUCAUUAAAGUCAUAGUCGAAUUUUCACAGUUUUAUCUCAAUUAGUGUUCUCUCAAUCUCUUAUCCUUUGUUGAGAUACAGUAGCGUUGAGAGAUGAUGAUAACAUGGGAAGUCAAAUAGUUUGAUGCAACAUACCCUUUAUGCAGUAAAGACAUAGUCAUGUUCAAUGCAGAAAGAGUAUAAAAAGAGACAAGGAUAAUAUUAUAGGAGGAGUCAAAUGGUGUCAACAUAAUUCAUAGGCUCGAUUUCCACCGUCUCCCGGGUCCGGUCUUUGAUCCUCCCCGAAGAGAGACGGCUGGACGCGUGACAGGUUGACCUUGUCUGUGACAUAAUUGGAAAAUUGAUAAUUUACGCGUCUCUGAUAUCACUGGAAGUGAAACCGGUUUCCAAUUUUCUUUCUUAUUUGGCUCAAAAUAAAUUGCAUCUAUCGCUCCAGUGCCCACCCAAAUGACUUUCGAAAUAGUUUUUUGGUACAUUUCUGUACACUGUGACAUGCAGUUAACUUUCUUUGAUCUUCGAAUGGAUCGAAAAAAAGGUCAAAGCGACGAUGCUCCAAAAAAAUUAGAUGGAAAAGUUUGUGAUUUACCAGAAAGAAUUUCCAGUGUAUUGAAUGUUCCUCUGUCAAAUAUAAACGUGGGCAGUUACAUCUGUAGCAAACGCAGUUAUCGAGACCUAAAGCGCCUUGAAAAGAUCCUUGAAGAUGCAAAAUCUCUCCAACAACAAUCAUUGAAGGAAGAGUUCACAACAAACAACCGAACAAAACGUUGUGUUCCUUCAGAACUUUAGAAUUUUGCCUAAUGUCUCCACAAGGUCGAAAUCGCUAUACCAUGUGAUGGAUCAAGGAAGGACGUUUUGUUUUGAUGUGAUAAUUUCUGCGACAAUCUUUGCUAGACGAAAAUCUGCAGGUGGCAACAUGAUUGGCUUAAACCAACAAAGGAAAUGGCACGCGUCCAGCCGCUCUUUCGGGGGGGAUGAGUGCGGGCUCAUUUUCCCAAACAGCGUCUGGUAAUCAAGCCUACAUAAUUCAAGAAAAAAAUAAAUUUUAAGAAAAUGUUAAAUGAGCUUUAACCACUCUCAAUCCAAAGGGUGUCUCAGCGCUCUGGAAAUCUAAGAUCUGGAGACUCUCUUUUUUGCUCCCCCCCCUCCCCCUGAAUAUCAUUAGGGAGUUUAAGAUACAGAGACUACGGACUACGAACUACGGCUGGACGAGCGUUGUCCUUUGUUCGUAGCACUGGGUUGAGUCGUGCAAAUAUAGAACGUUAAGAUUGCACUACAGACAGUAGACUACGACAGAAGAGGCGGAGAGGGAAACAACACACAAAGAUUUUCUUGUUUUCAUCACAGUUCACAAAAAUGCAAGUCAAUUUUGCAUGUGAUCUUAUCUUUAGAACAAUGAACAAAUUCUUCCAUACUUGAAGGAAGCAAUUACGUCGGGUGAAAUUGUAAACAAAGUUUGGGUUGCACAGGUUUUAUUUUUUCACUGAUUUUAUGAAUUAGGCUCUGGAUCAUGCCUUAACAUGCUUGAGCCCAACAUAUAUACUUUGUGGCAGGAAAUUUAUUGUUUGCAAUAAUUGCAAAUUAUUUUUAAGUUGCAUGUGCUUGUAGUUCCAUGUUGUAACUGAAUAGAAAGUUCUUUAUGUACUCUAAGGGGUGUAGUAAAUACAGCAAAAAAGAGACCAUUUCAUAUGUCUAUUGGUCGCUUACAAGAGGUUAGAACUAUGGAAAACUAUAAAACCGUCGGGUCAAAACAUGGUUGUGGCUGUUUAUGAGAGGUUCUAGUAUUAUUAUGGGGCUUUGACUAGAAAUAUUAUGGUGUUGUAGAGUGGUUUUUUAGUAUGAGAACUUGUAGCACAUGGAGGUUUGACAAUAUAAUUUUAGGAAAAGUCCAGAUUCUGUGAUUAAACCACAUAGAAUCAGUCGAGGAUCCUACAAUGUUUUUCUUCGAUCUUUUAGGGGCUUAAACGAAAGAAGAGAGCUCCAGCAAAUGUACCUGCUUCCUUGGACCAGCCAUCAACUUCGUCUACCUCUUGUGAGGAUCAAAAUUCCCUUUUGCUGAGUACAUGUAGUCCUCCAGAUGAAAUUUUUCCAAUUCAGGUAACAACUUUUUUUAACCUCUUUCUUUGUGCGAUGUGUCACUCAGUUUCCCAGUUACCUGAUCUACACAAUUAGUGGAUAGAAAUUUGGACACUCAGUUCUCAGGUGUUUUUGGCUCUAUUUUCGGUCUGUUUCUUACAAAAGUAGCCUGUGGUCAUGUUUGCAAUAGCUGGGGGAUAUUUAUGGACCCUGUCUUUUAUGAAAGUCCUGUUGUGUGUUGUGGGUGUGGGUGUCAUCCAGAUUUUUCCUUUGUCCUAUGUUACACAUGUUACUCAAAACCUUAAAAUCAGUAACAUAUGUGUAGGGCUCUCUGACUGUAGCUCAGUAGCUAGACCACUUGACUAGUGUUUGCAGUCUGGCCAUAGGUUUGACUCUCACUGAAAAUCUAGGUUUUUUCUUUAUCCUCUGCUCGUGAUGUUAUGACUGACUGUUGACUGGCUAGACCAACAAUUUUCAACUCUAUUGGGUCAAGAGAUCCCAUAUAACUAUAGGGAAGUAACAGUCUUCUGUGUCUACAUGUAUGUUACAGGUCAAAAGUGAAAACUUCAGGUGAAAACUUUUUAUCCUUGGUUGAUUCUCAAUUUCUUUUCUCUCGUAGCCUUAAUUAACCAUGCAUCUUUUAUAGUCCGGUGGCUUACUGCAAAAUUUUGGCAAGAUCUAUACAGAGCGGACAAAAGCACCAAACUUUGCAUGGUUGUAGCUUAGGGUAUGUUAGUCAAUAUUAGGAUCGGUGCCCACAGCUACCUCUUCAGGAUUUGCAGCAACUGCUCGCUGAAGUUCUUUAACAACCUUCAAUGACGGGUGCCCUGUGCCGAAAAGUACAAUCACUUGUUUUUUGCCAUUUUUGAUGAAAAUCACAUAAAAAGGGAAGUAGAUGGAAAAAGAAACUGUAUUAAUGCUAUUAUUAUUGAAACCAAUGACUAAGAUAAGUCAACUUAAUGAUAUAGCAAUUAUGAUGUGCAAUGGUGGGUGCCCUGUGCUAAAAAAAUCAAUCCUUUUUUUUUGCCAUUAUUUUGAUGAAAAUCACAUGAAGGACAUGAAAAUAAAAAAGAAAUUGUAUUAUUAUUGAAAUCAAUGAAAAAAACAAGUCAACUAAAUUGAAAAUCCAAGGAAGAUGUUUUCAGACGCGUGCUCAGUCCCAAAUAGGCUUUCAAGGUGGCAGCUGUGUCUUUUCAUGGACUGUAAGUAUCUACUAGAAUAAAUUGCCGUUUUUUUAGGGGAAAUUGUAUACAAUUUGAAUCACGACAGGUUUGAGUGAAUUUUAAGUUCUUCUUGGUGAUAAAUUUGUUAUUGAAAGCCACAUUUUCUCUUCACAUUUUGUGCCGAUUACGAAUGACUAUACUGAGUUUAUUUUCGUACUGGUUAAAAUUCAUAAUAGUAAAAAUAGCUUCUUUCUAUAGCGUUCAUAUCCUGAGCACAUGGUGUUUUACAAUGUUAAAGAGGAAACAAAAUUAUAUCUCGAGCAUGAAAUAACAUGUAUUAAAAUCUAUUUGCAAUUCACAAAGAACAAGAGAGGGAAACAAGAAUUCAUCUGUUUUAAAAUUAUUUUGCCUUUCAAGUUUAUAUAUCAUGAUAAUAAGUCGUGCAAAAAACUAAAUAUACAUUCUACAAGUAUAGGUAUAUGAUCUGCAGAUAUUAAAGACGUUUUACAAAAGUACUGACUUACUCUCUAAAAAUUGCGUAAAAAGAUAUGUUCUCAGUCCUUUCUUUCAACUGGCUAAAGAUGGUGACUUGUGAAAAUCUAGCUAAUGGUAGUGAGUUUCACAGUUUAGGGGGGCACACUGAAAAAGUCUUUUCCCCGUGAGUUUUCGAGGUUGUUCUAAGAGCUGCUAAGAUGCGGACCACAAGUUCCUGGAAGGCCUUCGAUAACUGUCCGCUAGAUAGCUAGGUGGAAGGGUAUUAAGUGAUUUGAAAACUGACAAAAUAAGUUUAAAAACAACGUGAUAACUAACAGGUGAGCCAGUGAAGGUCAAAUAAAUGAUGUGUUCGCAAAGUUUACAAGUCCGAGUAACGAUCCUAGGGGCAGUGUUCUGAACAUAUUAUUAAAAAGUUCCUUCAAGUGCAUUUUCCUACAACCAUGGAGCAAAGAAUUGCAAUUAAUAGUCUGUUUUAGAUGUAAUAAAAGCAUGCACUGCAAUUUCGCUAGACUCCUGUGUGAGACACUUUCUUAUCUUUGAUAAAUUCCUGAGUUGGUGAAACGAUAAUUCUACAAAAGAAUGCUGAGAUGUGUGCGUCAAACAGCAAGUUGUCAUCAAAUACUACUCCCAGGCUUUGUUGGUGGUGGUUCUUAGCCUUGCAUUACCCAUAAUGAUGUUGCUAAAGGGUGGACGAGUACGGUACAUCGACAAGAUAAGCAUAAUUUCAGUCUUAUCAUGAUUGAGUUUAAACUAGUUUCUACACACCAAGAUGGAAAUCAGUUGGAAUCGUUGUCAUAUUUACCUAGGGUGAGAAUCGAAAAGAGAAGAUCUGAGAAACCCAUUAAUUUAACGGAACAAUUAUUUAUAGAACGCUCCUUGACAAUUUACUAGAAUUCAAGAAAGAGGACUGUGCCGUCUUGUUGCAAUUAAGUUUCAUAUUGAAAUCACUACAGUAGUAAACACGUUACUGAAGUGCAAAGUGGCAUCAAUCCUGUCACCUUACGUCCAAGUUAGAAAAAGCAAACUAGAAAAGAGAAAAAAGCAUGUUGAAGCAGAUCAGAAACAGCCAGUUGGAGAUUGUGGCACCAAACGAGCUUGUAAGACUGACACUAUAGCGGGACUGCAAAGUGUGUGCCUCUGUUUGUAACGAAUACAGCUUAAUAUGAAGUUCGGCAAGUAUAAAGAAAUGUGUAUCAUUGUCCACUGCAUUUGCUCUGUACUCAGUGAGUUCAACAAAUGCUCUUGAUUUAUCUAAUUUCUCGUCUUCCUCGACCUUCCAAGCUGCUCCACUUUUCUUCUUGCGUUCCUCUGACAUGUAUGCCUAUUUCGCACUUCAGCCUUUUUAGUACAUUUUCAAGGAGCGUUCUAUAAAUUAAUGCUUGUACUGUUAAACCAGUGGGCUUCUCAAAUCUUCUUUUGUUGAUUCUUGGCAAAUAUAACAUCGAUCCCAGUUAAUAUCCAUCCUGGUGUGUAGAAAACAUCUCAGCUUCAGAAACCUUUAACUAACCAGUAAGUCAAUAAACUCAGUAUAGUCAUUCAUAAUCGGCACAAAAUAUGAAGCGAAAAUGUAGCUUUCGAUAACAAAUUUAUCCCCAAGAAGAGCUGAAAACUUCACUUAAACCUGUCGUGAUUCAAAUUGUGCACAAUUUCCCCUAAAAAAUGGCAAUUUAUUAUAGGAGAUACUUACAGUCCAUGAAAAGACACCUUGAAGCCGCCAUCUUGAAAGGCUAUUUGGGACUGAGUACACCUCUGAAGACAUCUUCCUUGGAUUUUCCGUUUAGUUGACUUGUUUUUACAUUGGUUUCAAUAAUAAUACAAUUUCUUUUUUUAUUUUCUUGUCUUUCAAGUGAUUUUCAUCAAAAUAAUGGCAAAAAUCAAGGAAUUGAUAUUUGUAGCACAGGAUACCCACCAUGGUAUAUCAUAAUUGCUAUAUCAUUAAGUUCACUUGUUUUAGUCAUUGGUUUCAAUAAUAAUAGCAUUAAUACAGUUUCUUUUUCCAUCUACUUCCCUUUUUAUGUGAUUUUCAUCAAAAAACAAGUGAUUGUACUUUUCGGCACAGGCCACCCAUCAUGGAAGGUUGUUGAAGAAAUUCAGCGAGCAGUUCCUGCAAAUCCUGAAGAGGUAGCUGUGGGCACCGAUCCUAAUAUUGACUAACAUGCCCUAAGCUACAACCAUGCAAAGUUUGGUGCUUUUGUCCACUCUGUAUAGAUCUGAGCCUUUAACCACCUGACUAUUAUGGAGUUGUGAAAUUAGGUGGGGGUUGCACUCAGCAUGGAGCUUAAAAAGCCUAAAAGCCAUUUGCACAAAUCCCCUCUCUGCAAAAAUGUAUUCUUUAAGCUGGUCCAAAACAUUCCUUUUUUUUUAUUUCUUUCUUUUAUGAUGCCAUUGUUAUUUCUCUUUCAUAAGGAGGAAACAGAUUGUCUUGUGCCUGUAAACAAAAGAAGUAGGGUGGAUGAUGUCAAUGAAGAGAGUCCCCAAGGAAGCACAACAAGUGAAUCAGCAGCUACUGUAAACCCUCCUACAACACCAGACUCUCAAGAAAAUAAAAGAGGAAAAAAUGAUAAUAACAAUGAACAGCAGAGUUCUGUAAGAAAUGGAACAGACAGUGAACCAAUUACUAUAGAAUCACCUGGACCCACAACAAGUCACUCCCUAGAUGACGUCAUGAUUGUUGGUGAUGUGCAAGUUGGAAGACCAGAAGUUAUAGAUUUAGAAAGACUUCCAACCAUAAGACAAGGUAAUAGCAAGUUAGUAUGGCCAGUAGACCCCUUUUAGGCAUUGAUACAUGCACGUAAUUUUCUUUGCCAUAUUCUUCUACUUGUAUGUGAGAUAGGUCCACUUUUAAUAGAAACAAAAAGUAUUAAUAAUGGAUGGUAUAACAACUAAUGUCUUUCUUGUGGACGUAUUUACCCUCGGCAUUAUUUAUAGCUCUAAUGCUGGUGGAGCCAAGUAAAUGCCUGAAACAAAUAAUUUAAAUCAAGCUUAACAGGGUUGAGAAUCCCAACUGGCCUGAGGCAAACCUGUUGACUAUUUGCAAGCGUGGCGGAGGAUUUGUACUCAGGACUUCUAGCAAGCGGUAGCCUUGAGGGCCCCUGCUUCCUAAUUGCAAGUCGAGCACUUAACCCUUUCCCGACCAAGAGUGCCAUAUGGCACUCGUCUGUACCACCCCCCAAAUUCCCAAGAGUGCCAUAUGGCACUCUGCAUAGUUCAUGAUUCCAACCAAUCAAAAACAUAUUUUUUCAUUGUUUGAGAGGCUCUAUUGUGCUCAGCCACGCUGCCUCCUGUUACAAGUUUGGAAAUACAUGUAGACAAAUAUAUGUUGUAACAGCUGUCCACACUUGAACAAUAUCAUUUUUAUCUGUUUACAAAGGGAGUAAGUUAGUUUAAUAAUUCAAACAUAAUAUUGUGUCAAUUUGUCUUUCGCAUCUGUCAUGGUAUUUUAGGUGGGUCAGUAGUGGUUGAUCUUACCAAUGAUGCCAGCUUUCAUGACAGCAAUGUGGUGGAUUUAACAAGAGAAACUCCGUCUGAUUCUUCAGUUGACUCCAACCCUGUCAUAGUGGUACUGUAUGACUUUUUUAAACAUACUGUUUUAUGGCAAUUUUUUGUUUACAGUAUUUUUGUUAGAAACCGCUGGUCAAAAUUCCAAUAAAUUUCAAUGAUUGUAUUGCUAAAGAUCACCAUCUUGGACAAAAGUAGUUGGGACACUUUUACCAAUUAAGGCUGUUUUUUUACUUCUGGCCCAUCUUCUUGUCUUCCCAAUGUUGUCUAUCGCAGUUAACUCACCAACUGUGCCAGGCUGGGGAGAAGGCUUCAAUGCACCUGUUCCAUUCAACAUUAAUCUUUCUGUAGAUUUUACUUAUCUUUGUCCAGCAUUUCUUCCAUGCCAGACAGGAAAGAUACCCCAAACCUGUUGCUUCAAGAUUUAAUUGGCUCCAUUAAAUAUGAAGAAAAGUUGUUCCUGGUAGAAGGGUCAUCUGCCUACCCGAGCUAGGUGGCAGGUCAUUUUGUCCAAAGGUUGAUUCACCGGAUGGUAGUUCACCCAGCCAAAGUCGAUUCGCCCGAAGCGUAUUUGUGGUUCUCUAAGCCUGAAAAAAGGAAUAAGCAUGGAAAGACAGUGACUGCACAUGCAGAAUCCAAGGUUAACUAAAAUAACGUCUCAGAGAAGUAGGUUCACCAUGUUGUAGAGUGUUGUAUGUCAUCGGAUGAAAUCGACUUUUGGGCGAAAAGACCGCAAUUCUGUAUUCCCUGAAUGAGCCAAUUUUUCAUCCAUUUCCUUACAAAAUGUGGCGAACUAUUUACAGGAGAAACAAAGUUGGCUUGACCAGGAUGGUGACAUGCCUCGCUGGUUCAUCCUGUUGUGAUGGUAGGGACAUCCUCCUAGUGAACCAACUUUUUGUUUCUUUAUUUAUAAACAGUUUGGUUCGCCCAUCCUAUAACACCAGAAGUCGUGAUUUGCUGCGCCCUCCCUUCGCAAAAACUACCAAAUACCAAGGUAGUUUCAGAAUAAACGGUGCUUGGACCUACAACACCCUACCGAGAAUCAUUAGACAAGUAGAGACCCUCAGUGAAUUCAAAAUCAAGCUAAAGCGCCACUUUAAACAGUAACACCUGCGUUACAUGUUGUCUUAACUUAAUUAAUUGUCUAUUUUAAUGUUUUAAUGUCUUUGUUUUUGUGUUUUGUCAGGGCUCCAUUUAAACUAGCUCUGCUAAAUUGGAUGCCCCUGGAUAAAUAUUGAAUUAAAUAAAUAAAAAUCCUAGUCAAAUCGUUCAGGGUGAGACAAUCAGAGGGCGCUUUCCAAAAGUCUGUACUGGCCGGCCAGACCAUGGCCGGACCAGGCAUUUUGGCACUGAAAUAUGUUUUUUCCAAGAGGUUUUGCUGAAAAACCAUCUCCUCUGUGCAUAAUAUUUAGGAUUUGACUGAUCCGGAUGGUUGGUUUUGAUUAAAAGUGAAAUUCUCAUUACAUUGGGAAUAGGCUGGCCGGUCAGUUCUGACAAAUGGAAAGCACCCAGAGCAUGCGUGAGCACUGUUGGCUUUGUUUUUUUUAUAUACAAAAUGCUCGGUAAAGUUGACUCUGCUGGCAUGGCGACUCUUCUGCCCAGGACAGGUUUUCUCCAUACAAAGGGGGCCUUCGUAUUUUAUCAAGAUGAUGACUUAAAUUGUUUCUAUCAAAAUUGUCAAAUGCUUGCAUUUAAAGCUAUGUUUUUAUAGUCAUGAAUUUUGAACUUUUUCUCGCAGUGUGUAAAUAGAAUAUACCGUGGGGAUCCAGUUAGUCAGCGGCCGUCUUGCCGGUUUGCAUCGUUACCUAGUAUGCUAGAAAGAUCCUUUCCUGUUUCAAGUCCUGAUGAUGAAAUACUAGAGGUCACUGACGCUGAUAUUAGAAGAAAACAAAUGUCAAGUUUAGAUACUUCAAGUAGUGAAGGUGCAGAACCAGAUACAGCGGCAAAGAGAAAUAUAACAUGUCCUAUUUGUAUGGAUGAUGAAUCCACUGUGAGUAUUUUAGGAAGCUUCCUAGCAACAGUAAAACGAACUACAAAAAUGUGCAGCUUGUUUUGCAAAAUUUCUGCAAAACGACUUUAAAGCAAUGUUGCACGUUUUGCCUCUUACAUUCAAACCUCUCUCACAACAAAUCAACUUGUUGCGAGUUGUGUGAAUACUGACUUCUGAUUGGAUAAAAUUAAGCGGGAGUCGCGCCAUACGCGGGAGUUAUGUAACUUGUUGCAAAACAAGUUUGUCUUGGGCCGGUAAUACGUGCAACAUGUACAGAUUUUGCUGUAAAAAGUAAAACUAGUCUCUACUUUCUGCAACAACUUUUCGCACCUUGCAACAACCCGAUUUGUGGCAAGAUGGUCUUGCCCUCCUAGUUCUCAAUUAAACUUAAAAUUUGGUCUUUUCUCUUCGUAGUUGUGGUGGGACGGCAAAGAAAUUUACUAAAAAGCGUGAUCUUUUGUUUUAUUCGUUAAGACUUCGUUCAUUGUACACGGCGCCGGACAAAUUUUCUACUGGAUGAAAACUCUUGAGUUCAGUUUUUCCGCCCGUGACACAGCACCACCUUAACUGUACGAAAUUUAGACCUUUAGCCGUUUAAAGAUCCGCGUGAACACGAACAAAAUAAAUAUUGAACUGCCCGUGUGAAUGAAGUGUCCGGUCAAAUGUUUUGCCGUGUGAACGUAACCUAAGGCCCCUGUCCACACGUAUCGGAACACCCUUUUCAUUUUGGAAUUGGUCAGUUCCGCAUCACACCCCUGUCACCUCCCCCAUAUCAGCUUUUUACCUUUUUCUUUUUUGGACGAUUUCAGAAUUUUUCUUUGUGGUGGGCUGUGGGCAAUCAACAGAUUAUGGCUGACUAUCUAAAAGUGAUAAUAGAGAGGUUAAGCGUCACGUUCACGUCAAACGGCAAAUGCGAAUUUGUACCACAUGACUAAGUUUCCUCUUUUAUACUACUACAUGAGAAAUUUCUGCAAUUUGAUUGGCUUGGAGCAGUGGUAUUUCACCUUAAUUUGAAAAACCAACAUGUGAAAAUUACAAACCUUCUAUGGGUAGUAGUAUAAACAAUUAAUAACAUGAUUUGUACGUGAUAUUUGGCAUAAAUACCACUCGUGAUAUUUCAAAAUUGUCUCAAAUUUCACUCGCCUAACGGCUCGUGAAAUUACGUAUAACAAUUUUGAAAUAUCACGCGAGGUAUUUAUGCCAAAUAUCAUUACAAAUCAUGUUAUUACCUAUACUACUUGUCGUUUUCUGUUCAUUAUUUGUACGCCUAAAUUAGAAGUUUCACGCAAUUUAACGACCGUAAGAAUUGUUUUGAGCUGUUUUUAUCGGCUCAUUUUCUAUUUUGAGAAAUUCUCAACUUGAAUCUGAUGUUUGCCGUUUGCCGUGAAGCUUUUAAAACUCUCUAUUAUUUAUUAAAUCCUGACAGUUUCGUUAUAAUAAUAUGUUGGUAGCGAGAUGUCUACCAACCGCCGUAAUUUCUUUUGUGAUUUGUCAUAAAUGCACGGCAGCGUGUAGGAAAAGUAUGUAUAUUUUUACUGAAUCUUUUCCCCCGAGCAAGGGUUCAAAGUAAGAUUAAGCGAAAUUUUCACAUUUUAUUUGUAUAAUGCUGAAAAAACAAGUACUGCUGUUUGAAAGUACUGCUAAAGAGGUUUUAUUUUAUUUGGGUCACACCGUAGAGUUUCAGAUAUCCACAGACUCAAAAGGUAGAACUGCAUAAAAAAUAUAUAGUACCAUGUGAAAGUACUGCUGUAGAGGUUUCAUGUGAACGGUCACGCCAUAAGAUGUUGUCCACUGACUCCAAAAUUAGAACCACCUCACAAGAUUAUUUUGUUUUUAGUUAUGGUAAGUCAAGAGUCCUUUUAUGUUCUCUUGAUUAAGUACAUGUUCUCUUGGUACAUUAUGGGAUGUCUUUUUGGCUUUCAACAUUUCAACACGAACACAUUGAACCAAACUGUCCUUUCUUUUUCAGAUCAAGAGAAGAAAAAGGCAGUUAACGUCAACAACAUGUGGUCAUGUUUUCUGCGAUAAAUGCAUACGGAGUGCUGUUCAGAUGCAAAGCAAAUGUCCGACAUGCAGGAAAAAACUCUCUUUGAGACAGUUACAUCCAAUAUUUCUUUAAAUUAUUUGUUCAGAACUACUUUUGUGGUAUUUUGUCUCGACUGACUGAUGAAAUUAUCUUUUGUCAGUUCAGAAGAAAAACCUUUAGUGGUUGAGUUAGUUUUUGAAAUCAAGAUGGUCUUGUCUUGUGACCCAUCGGUGCAACUAAUUAUAAUGUAAUUAAGGCUAAACGAUGUUCUGCGAAGCAAAUACAAUUGAUGCCAGCAACAAUUAAUGACAGGCUGGUGAUAAUUUAUAGCUCAAUAUAAAUAGUCAUAAAUAACUUUAUGCUUACAAAUUUCAGUUGGAAUACUGUUAGGGAAGUUCUUCAGUAUUGGCCUGUUUACCGAAAGUUUCGAUAUCAUUUUGGGGCAGUAGAUAUAUGUUAAAAUCAAAAUCUUAUGAGUAGUAAUGCAUGUUUUGACCAAAACCAUCCUAAAUCAUUAUACCCUGCGUGCAGAUGGUUCUUCCAGUCUUGCAUGGCUUUUAGCGUUGACGAAGUCGUUGGCGUCGCUUCUCAGUCGCGUAGUUUGUUUGUUUUAUACGUCCCGUCGUAAACGCAAAAGCCAUACAAGAGAGAACCCUUGUGCUCGCAGGGUAAAAUGAUUUAACUCGUUAACUACGUUAAAUACUUGACUCACUCCCUUCCUUUCCGUAAAUAAAUAUAAUAAUAUAAUGUUAGGCAUUACACAUGUUACACAGGGUAUCAGGCCUUUUUCCCCUCUUUGCUUUUUUUCAGUGGACUCGACAUUGUUUUGAUAUUAAAGCCCUGUAAUGACACUUCAACUAUGAGAAAUGUUCCGUUAAUGUUUUAUAGUCAACUUUGCAAACAAAAAUUUUUCUUAACCCUGUCAGUAAAUUACUGCGUCAGGAGUCUGCAAUACAUAUUGGGGACAAAGUGUUCCAAGUUUUGUGACUGUAAACGAAAUCCAGCAAUGUUACCAAUGAGAUUAAACCACUUCAGCACCUUUUUUUCCAUGGUACUGUUCGUUUUUCCGUUUUGUUAUAAAACCCCCAAAAAGAUUUUCGGAAUUUUUGGACGCAUGAGCAUUAACGCUCCUUUAAAUGUUCGCAGUAAAGUGAAAGCACUCCCCGG